CCCGCUAUUAGACUGGAUCAUUUUAAAUUUAAGGAAUGAGCUUGAUCUAGGUUAUAUAGAGGUAGAGUGGCAGUCUUUGUUUGAUAUAAUUUAUUGGAAUAUGUGGAAACAAAAGAAUCUGUGGAUCUUCCAAAGGGUGGAUGUUGAUUUAAAGUAUAUUCUUAUUUCUUCGUGGAGUUGGGUUCGCUCUAUCAAGCAUAGUCUUAUUUCAUCUGUUGGGUCUUCUAGGAGUCUUAGCCGUUGCAGUUAAUGGAAACCUCCACCGUCGGGGUUCAUUAAAUUAAACACGGAUGGAGUGAGAUCCCCGAGUUUGGGAUUUGCAUCAACUGCAGUAGUGGUGAGAGAUGUUAAGGCUAGAUGGCUUGGAGGUGUGGGUAGAAAUAUCAGAAGAUGUAGUGUCGUGAUAAAUCAAACAGGGAUUCCGCGAUAAGAAUAAGGAACUUUGUAAAAAGAAGUGACAAGCGAUUUUCCAGAAGAACAUCUUGACUGGUGUAAAGCAAAAGAUUCCAUAUGAUUCUAUCAGGAUCAAGGAAAUCCCAACAGAAAUCAUUGAGCAAGUUCGUAUAGAUGAAAAUUCAAUUUAUAUAGCAACUGCUUUAUCUUUGUAAUUCAGCUCUAUUUUAUUAAAAAAAGAAGAAGAGAUAUUUGCGAAACUACUAGCACUAGGCAAAUUUCUCAACAAAGAAGAUAAGCAUAAGCAAGCAGCUAGCAGUGCAGCACGCGCCAACACUUUCUUUGGUGAAUCGUCGGUCUUUUAAAGGCAUGGACCCUUCAUUACCCCAAAACCUGGAGGAAUAUUCCGCUUCUUCGACGACCGUAAAAUUCGGGCGCCCCCUCCCAUUACUCCGUGGUCCAAUCCCGGCCGGAACUUCGGACGACCCAUCGUCCGGUCCAUACAUCCUUGCCUUCAAAGACCUUCCUUCUUGGGCCGCCGCUUACAAAUCCUGCGAAUCAAAAAUCAUAUUUCAAUGCGAGGAAGGCGCACGAAUUGGGUGCGCCAUCACUGCUUCCAACAAGUGCAAACCCGCUUGGUGGCAGUCCCUGAUUGGUUGGAAAUCAAUGGACUUGACGGAAAGAGAGCGGUGCGAAGAUAUCGAAAUGGAAGCUUGUUUGGUUGCCGCUAAGGAAAAAUGCGUCGGCUUCGCCAAGGUAAAGUGUACGACGCCGUUUUUGGAUGCGAGAAUCGCAGUGGGGGAGAAGGAGAUAAUGAAUAAACGGGUUGAGAGGAUGGUACACGCAGCAUCGUUGCAGGAGGAAAGCAAAUGGGCCUAUUUUAUCGGGUCGGAUAAUUUGGGAGGGUCCAAACCAAGGGUGACUAAUUCCAGAGCUAGUCAGUAUUUGGUCCCCGGUUCUCAACUUCAAAUGUGAACCGUCACAUGGGUCCGGAGUUUCAGUCGGGUUUUUUUUUUAAGCAGUGGCAAUUCUAAAGUGGACAAUUGGGUGUUGUAAUAAGCAAAACACCAGGCUAAGGGCGGUAACGACCACGACAGCAAAUGGCCACCAGAAUCACCACUCAGCAACUGCUUCAAAUCAGUAGUUAAGAAAAGGGAAGUAACAGGGUGCUUAUGAAACGUCAAUACCUUGUGGAGGAGCAAUCUGUAUUCUGGUGACUUGUCCAAAGGCAACCCUCCUGUGGUUCCAACGCUAGUCGAAUUACUUAUCGUCUCUAUGUCAGUACAGUGAACCAUAUGCCAGACCUUAACAGCCCCAUCGUGGUGACCUGUUACAUACCAGUUUGUGUCCAGCCAAUCAGAGAAGGUUGAACUUGUCACAGAGAUUAUAUAAUCAGAUGGCACCUGGGAUGUGCUAAUUACUGCUAGACAGCAUCCAUUGAUGCUCCAAACAGCAAAUAGAGUUCCAGCAGCAGUCAUAAUUUCACCAGUUAAAUCAUUCACAUAGACUGCAGAAACUGAUGUUGGGAAUUCGGGAAGUUGCCUAACGAAUCGUAAGGAGCUGAGGUCCCAUAUGAUAACAGUGCAGUCUUCUGAUCCGCUCACGAUCAACAUAUAAGGCUGAUUGACAUGAAGACAUGUGAUUUUGGAUCUGUGAGCACAAAGCACUUUCUCUAACAUCAAACGACUGGAGGCACGCGGAUGCUCCUCGCUGAUUUUCCAAACAUAAACUAGACCAUCUUCAGCGCCAGUAACCAAAAUGUGACCAUCAUGGCUAAAACCAGCACACUGAGUUUGGUUUCCUAAAUGAAGAUUCUCAUGUGUUGAAAGGAGUCGGUCUUGGUCAAAACUCAAAAAUCUCAAGCUGAGAUCAGGGAAAUCCCAUGCGACAUAUUUGGCAUACAUUCGAGGUUUAAGCUUAGUGUUUGCCUUCCCAAUAAGAACUUUCUCUUGGAAAGUGACAAUCUGAGUAAUGGAAUAAGAGCUUUUCCGUAUUUCGUGUGGAACAAGAAGAGUUGAAUUCUUCAGUGGAUGAGGAGGAAGCUUUCUAUCAGACCGCCUUUUCACGUGUGGUUUCAGGAAUAGUUGCUUAGGUGUCUGUCCAAAAUGAUUGAUCUGAGCUAGAAUGGAAGCUUUCAUUGAAGGAUCUGUAACUGCAUCUAUGUCCACGCUCCCUUCAUAUGUGUAGUGGUAGAAAACAUUAGCAGCUUUUUCAGCAGCCUGUCAAUUGUAACAACAAUAUACGGAAAACUUAAGAAUUUUCAACA